GGGCGGUGGGGAGGAGGCGGCGCGGGAGAGGGCGGCGGCGAGACAGACGGAGAGCAGCGGGGAGAACGAGGACCGGGCUGGGCAGGUGGGACAAGGCAGGGAGGCGCCGGAGAGGCCGGACUGGAAGGGGGGAGAAGGGCGGCGGCGCCGCGGAGGGGGACUGGCGCUUCCUGCGGGAGUGCGCGAAGCCCGAGUCGGCACCUGGGCCCGGAUUCGGGCUGGGAGCGCGGCCGCGGCCGGGCCAGGCAGGGUAAGGGAGCCGGGCCGCCCGCGGGGUCCCUACAGGGAGCAGCGGGGCACCUGAGGCCUGCGGGUCCUGGAGGGGCCUAGGGCCGCGCUCCGCAGGCUCCGGCCGUCCCGGCAGGGGGUCUUUGUAAGCGCUCCAGGAGAGCGAGUCGGGAGUGCGGAGCCGGGUGUGCGCGCCCGGGUGUGCGCGUGUGUGCGCGAGUGUGGGCGCCGGGCAGUGGGGGCGCGCGGUAGAGAUUCUGCUGGCAUCGCGGCGUGGCGAGCAGGAGGCAGGAGCGGGACGCGCAGGGGAGCCGGGACCCUCCCGCGCACACGCACAUGCACACGCUGCGCGCUCUCACGCGCACAAACACGCCCUCCCUGCCGCGCUCGCCGCCGCGGCCACCAUCGCGGAGCCGAGCCCUGCGGAGCGGGAACCGGAGCCAGAGCGGGGACCGGAGGCAGCGGAGCCAGGGGAUGCCGGCCUGGAGCGGAGCCGCGCGCGGACGGCGCGCCCGGGACGCCCCCGGCACCCACAGGCCCUGAGGCUCCAGUGCCCAAAGGCAGAGAGGGCGACUGAGUCCAGCCCAGGCUGAGCCCCACCCAGCUGUACUCCCCAGACACCCACCCAACCCGAGGUCUUGCUCUGCUGCCCAGACAGGGAGUACAGUGGCACAAUCAUGACUCAUGGCAACCUCAACCUCGCUGGCUCAAGUGAUCCUCUCACCUCAGCCUCCUCACUAGCUGGGACCACAGGUGUCCCACCGAGGAGGCCCUGAUCUUGAGCCCGGAGCCCUGAGCCCUGAGCCGAUGCUUGAGGAUCUUAUGACCAUGAUCUGGCUACCUUGAGUCUGUGGGGCUACACAGCCUUCAGCCUGCAUCUCCAGGACUCUGACUCUAUCCAGCUCCUGGACCAGCUCCCAAGUCUACUCCUGACCCCAGCCUGGACCAAGGGGACUCCUCAAGCUUUGGGACCCAGCAGGACACAGCAGCAGUCAGGUGCAUGCUGGGACCGCAACGGACAGGCUGCCGCACCCCAGGCCCCCAGAGGCCAGUCUAUUUGCCUCCCAACGCCAUCUGACCCAGGUGAGCGAGAGGAUGCUGGCGGGGGGCGUGAGGAGCAUGCCCAGCCCCCUCCUGGCCUGCUGGCAGCCCAUCCUCCUGCUGGUGCUGGGCUCGGUGCUGUCAGGCUCGGCCACGGGCUGCCCUCCCCGCUGCGAGUGCUCCGCCCAGGACCGUGCUGUGCUGUGCCACCGCAAGCGUUUUGUGGCAGUCCCCGAGGGCAUCCCCACCGAGACACGCCUGCUGGACCUAGGCAAGAACCGCAUCAAAACGCUCAACCAGGACGAGUUCGCCAGCUUCCCGCACCUGGAGGAGCUGGAGCUCAACGAGAACAUCGUGAGCGCCGUGGAGCCCGGCGCCUUCAACAACCUCUUCAACCUCCGGACGCUGGGUCUCCGCAGCAACCGCCUGAAGCUCAUCCCGCUAGGCGUCUUCACUGGCCUCAGCAACCUGACCAAGCUGGACAUCAGCGAGAACAAGAUCGUUAUCCUGCUGGACUACAUGUUCCAGGACCUGUACAACCUCAAGUCACUGGAGGUUGGCGACAAUGACCUCGUCUACAUCUCCCACCGCGCCUUCAGCGGCCUCAACAGCCUGGAGCAGCUGACGCUGGAGAAAUGCAACCUGACCUCCAUCCCCACCGAGGCGCUGUCCCACCUGCACGGCCUCAUCGUCCUGCGGCUCCGGCACCUCAACAUCAAUGCCAUCCGGGACUACUCCUUCAAGAGGCUGUACCGACUCAAGGUCUUGGAGAUCUCCCACUGGCCCUACUUGGACACCAUGACACCUAACUGCCUCUACGGCCUCAACCUGACGUCCCUGUCCAUCACACACUGCAAUCUGACCGCUGUGCCCUACCUGGCCGUCCGCCACCUAGUCUAUCUCCGCUUCCUCAACCUCUCCUACAACCCCAUCAGCACCAUUGAGGGCUCCAUGUUGCAUGAGCUGCUCCGGCUGCAGGAGAUCCAGCUGGUGGGCGGGCAGCUGGCCGUGGUGGAGCCCUAUGCCUUCCGCGGCCUCAACUACCUGCGCGUGCUCAAUGUCUCUGGCAACCAGCUGACUACGCUGGAGGAAUCGGUCUUCCACUCGGUGGGCAACCUGGAGACACUCAUCCUGGACUCCAACCCGCUGGCCUGCGACUGUCGGCUCCUGUGGGUGUUCCGGCGCCGCUGGCGGCUCAACUUCAACCGGCAGCAGCCCACGUGCGCCACGCCCGAGUUCGUCCAGGGCAAGGAGUUCAAGGACUUCCCUGAUGUGCUACUGCCCAACUACUUCACCUGCCGCCGCGCCCGCAUCCGGGACCGCAAGGCCCAGCAGGUGUUUGUGGACGAGGGCCACACGGUGCAGUUUGUGUGCCGGGCCGAUGGUGACCCGCCGCCUGCCAUCCUCUGGCUCUCACCCCGAAAGCACCUGGUCUCAGCCAAGAGCAAUGGGCGGCUCACAGUCUUCCCUGAUGGCACGCUGGAGGUGCGCUACGCCCAGGUACAGGACAACGGCACGUACCUGUGCAUCGCGGCCAACGCGGGCGGCAACGACUCCAUGCCCGCCCACCUGCAUGUGCGCAGCUACUCGCCCGACUGGCCCCAUCAGCCCAACAAGACCUUCGCCUUCAUCUCCAACCAGCCGGGCGAGGGAGAGGCCAACAGCACCCGCGCCACUGUGCCUUUCCCCUUCGACAUCAAGACCCUCAUCAUCGCCACCACCAUGGGCUUCAUCUCUUUCCUGGGCGUCGUCCUCUUCUGCCUGGUGCUGCUGUUUCUCUGGAGCCGGGGCAAGGGCAACACGAAGCACAACAUCGAGAUCGAGUAUGUGCCCCGAAAGUCGGACGCAGGCAUCAGCUCCGCCGACGCGCCCCGCAAGUUCAACAUGAAGAUGAUAUGAGGCCGGGGCGGGGGGCAGGGACCCCCGGGCGGCCGGGCAGGGGAAGGGGCCUGGCCGCCACCUGCUCACUCUCCAGUCCUUCCCACCUCCUCCCUACCCUUCUACACACGUUCUCUUUCUCUCUCCCGCCUCUGUCCCCUGCUGCCCCCCGCCAGCCCUCACCACCUGCCCUCCUUCUACCAGGACCUCAGAAGCCCAGGCCUGGGGACCCCACCUACACAGGGGCAUUGACAGACUGGAGUUGAAAGCCGACGAACCGACACGCGGCAGAGUCAAUAAUUCAAUAAAAAAGUUACGAACUUUCUCUGUAACUUGGGUUUCAAUAAUUAUGGAUUUUUAUGAAAACUUGAAAUAAUAAAAAGAGAAAAAAACUAUUUCCUAUAGCUAGUCGGAAUGCAAACUUUUGACGUCCUGAUUGCUCCAGGGCCCUCUUCCAACUCAGUUUCUUGUUUUUCUCUUCCUCCUCCUCCUCUUCUUCCUCCUUUCUCUUCUCUUCCCCAGUGGGGAGGGAUCACUCAGGAAAACAGGAAAGGAGGUUCCAGCCCCACCCACCUGCCCACCCCGCCCCAGGCGCCAUCAGGAGCAGGCUAGGGGGCAGGCCUGGGCCCAGCUCCGGGCUGGCUUUUUGCAGGGAGCAGGUGGAGGGGACAGGUCUGCCGAUGGGGGUGGGAGCCUGUCUGCUGGGCUGCCAGGCGGCACUACUGCAAGGGGUGGGAGCCUGGCUCGGGUGUGGCUGAGACUCUGGACAGGGGCUGGGGUCCUCCUGGGGGACAGCACAGUCAGUGGAGAGAGCCAGGGGCUGGAGGUGGGGCCCACCCCAGCCUCUGGUCCCAGCUCUGCUGCUCACUUGCUGUGUGGCCUCAAGCAGGUCACUGGCCUCUCUGGGCCUCCGUCUCCACAUCUGUACAAAUGGGAACAUUACCCCCUGCCCUGCCUACCUCACAGGGCUGUUGUGAGGAAUUGAUGAGAUGAUGUAUGUGAAACACUUUGUAACCUGUAAAGCGCUGUGCACACGUG